AUAGUGGCCAAGUGUUUACUGUUAAGCACGGCGACGCUGUCGAAGUAGUUACUGCCAGGUUUCACAUUGGACUCAGCGCGAUUGAGAACGUCUGAUUUUGCUGUGUCCCACGAUGCCUUCAAGGGAAGUGGAUUGUGCGCGAAUAGUCUGAUGGCCCGAGGACAUACGUCUCCAGUCGGACGCGCUGCAAAUGCCGCUGUCGCCCCGUCGUUAGCGAUUAGGCCGCAAUCCUCGCCGAGAGCUCAAGCGCGAGCGUCGUUGGCUAGGCAGUGCUUGUACAACAGCUUGAUCUGCAGCUUAGAGGACUUGUAAACUGUCUCCUUGAUCGUGCGGCCCACAUGUUGUACGUGGAUGAGGUCAGCCAGUGCAACCUGGCUGAGGAUGCUUUCACAGAGCUCGAAAGUGUCGAUAAGUCGUUAGAUCGGAGCCACGUUCGGGUGGUUGCUCUUG